AUGGCAUCUUCUUCCUCCAAAUUGACUCUGAAAUUGCUUAUCGACGCUAAGCGUGAGAAGGUCCUGUUCGCAGAAACAUCAAAAGCGGUUAUAGACUUUCUAUUUAACUUGCUCUGCUUGCCCAUCGGUACUGUCAUAAGGAUUCUAAACAAGAAGAAAAUGGUUGGCUGCUUAGCCAAUGUCUAUCAAAGUGUUGAAAAUCUGGAUGAAACUUACAUGCAACCAGACCUGCAUAAGGAUCUACUGUUGAAACCAAGUGCCUCCGUUUCUUCACAAAUCGCUGGCCUUCUUCCUUCAGUUAAUGACACUUCUUCCAACAACUCCACGAAUGUGUUCUACCGGUGCCCAAGUCACUCUGGUCACGUCACAUCUGAUAACACCACUCGUUGUCCUAUUUGUAGGACAUCUAUGAACUCGCGAUUGAUUUUUGUUGGUGAAAAGGUUGCAAAUGAAAUUUCUGCCGACAGUAGUGGUUUUGUGAAAGAGGUAGUAACUUACAUGGUGAUGGAUGAUUUGAUAAUUCAGCCCAUGUCAAGCAUAUCAAGCAUCACCUUACUUAACAAAUUCAACGUCAAAGAGGUUGGCGUCUUGCAGGAAAAGGUGGUCGAGUUGGACAUGAAGCAGGGUGUGAAUAUACUGAAGGCUUCUCUGCAGUCGAAGACGGUUUUGACAGAUGUUUUUCUCAAGAAUCAUUCUGCGCCAUAG